GGGUUUCAUAUUAGUGUGUACAUCGCUUACUACACUUCUUCUCAAUCAUGUUUCUACCCCUCGUUUGUUUGUUGAUUGAAUCUCAAGAAACAGUUUUUCAGUUUUGAUAGUGAACUUCGUAGCACCAUACCCCAAAAACAAUGAAGAAAUGCAAAAUACAAAAAUCCUACUUACGGGACGUUGAAAUUCCUGUUUCGAUCAGCACUGCUAAAGUUUUAAAACCAACGGGUUCAAAUGUUUCAAACCCAAUUCCAAAAGAUAAACCGUGUCUUAAAACCGGUAAUCCCUCAGUAAAAACUAAACCUACCAACUCGACAAAGUUUCAACAACCAGAACUGCACACUGCAUUGAAUAUUCGUGAAAAAAUAGAAAAAGUUAAAACCACCCAAACGAAAGCACCAACCAGCAUUGGUGAACUGACACCCAAGAGCAAGAAAUUUGUUAGAGAUCAGAUCACCAGAAAAUUGAACUUCCAACACGAUGAGAAUGUCUUCAAGAACUUAGUUCCAAUGAAUGUAAACGAUUCGGUACUUAUACCAGCCACCAAAAAACCAAUCCGUACCAAAUAUGUGUCGAAAGAAAAACGAGAUCCAGAGCCGGAACUUUCAGAUUUCUUACGUCCUAUUUCAGCGUGUGACAUCGAAUUCGAUCCAUAUCUGCCCCCAGAACCAGCACCUCGGAGGCCUAACUUCAACAAUCUUGAUAACAUUUUGGACGUUCUAACAAAAAUUGAUCCAGGGAUUUAAAUCGAGAGUUUGUUUUGUAUAGUAUAUGUUAAUUAUUCUUAUAUUAUAAUUGUAAAACAAAUUUCAAUCUAUAGCUAAGGCAAACGAGUCUACAAAAGUAAAUAAACGAAACAGCUUUAAAUCAACUAUACUGAUCUGUCAAGUUCCGAGUAUUGUUUUGGAAAAUCUAAAAAUAAAGA